AUGUCUUCACACAAGACGACCACGCUUCCUAUAAUCCCGCUGGCAGAGGGAUCCGUCCUCCUGCCAGGCCUCACUCUCCGCAUUCCGCUUCAGGGUCGUGGCGAUAUCGCCGCCAUCCUCGCAAACAUCUAUAGCAAAGCUGCCACUCCGAAUCCCGAUCACAACUCAAUCAGCGUCGGAUGUCUUCCCGUCAACUCUCCCUAUCUCAGUCGUGAUGGCCAGAAGCUGCUCGAUGAUGCUAAAGACUCUAAUGCCCGACCCAUCGCGGGCAUCAAUCCUGCUCAGGCCACUCAAGACCAGCUGUUCUCCGUUGGUACCCUUGCAAAGGUCUCAGGUGUCCAGGGGAAGAGGAGAGGAGAGCUGGCUCUCGUCGUCGAGGGCGUGAGCCGCUUCCAAGUCAACUCCUUUGUCAAGGAUCGCCCAUACUUCGAGGCAGACGUCUCGGUCCACACCGAUGAACAUGUCGACGAAUCAGAUACCGAGGUUCAGGCUCUUUUCGCCGAGCUCAAGCAACUCUCCCGCGAGCUGCUCGCCCUGAUCAGACUCUCGUCCCUCCUACCACGUGCUCCGCCCACGUCGCUAUCGCCACUCCUCGCUCGUCGCCUUGAACUCUUCAUUGUCAGGAAAGACUUACAAGAAGCUGGAGUUCUUGCCGACUUCAUGACAAACAUAAUCGAGUGCUCCCAGGAGGACAAACUGCGCAUCAUAUCUGCUCUCCCAAUCAAACUCCGCCUCGAGCGUGCUGUCGACCUGCUGCAACGUAACGUCUCGAGCAUCCAGGGCAACAAUCGGAUCAUGUCCAUCCAGUCUGCCGUCCCUGACAACGACGGAGAUUCAGAUCAAGCCACACGCAUGCGCCGACAACAACUGAUCAAGAGAUUCGGAGGCGGCGUGCCUGGCAGCCGCCCUGGUUCACCUCUCGGUCUCGGCAAACCCUCCGACGAUGAAGAACCUAAUGAGAUUGACGAACUGAAGAAGCGUCUUGACGAGGCCAAGUUGUCUCCAGAGGCCGCCAGAGUCGCAGCUCGAGAGCUCAAGAGACUAUCUAAGAUGAACCCUGCCCAAGCCGAUUACCAGGUGUGCAGGACCUAUCUCGAAAACCUCGUCGAGAUUCCUUGGACCAAGUUCACCCAAGACAAACUUGACCCUGCAACUCUGUCUCGAGCACGCAAGCAACUAGACGAAGACCACUAUGGCCUUGACAAGAUCAAGAAGAGACUACUCGAGUAUCUGGCUGUGUUGAAGCUCAAGCAGCAAGUCAAUGCCAAUCUGCAAGCACAAAUCGAUAAGAUCACCGAGGAGGCAAACGCUUCUAACAAUACCGAAAACACCGAAACUUCUCAGAAGAAGCUUGCACAAACACCCGAGGAGGUCAAGAUCUUGGACAAGAAGCGUAUGGUCGACAAGUCACCUAUUUUGCUUCUUGUAGGACCCCCUGGAGUUGGAAAGACCAGUCUGGCCAAGUCGGUUGCCACUGCACUGGGUCGUAAGUUCCACAGAAUCUCUCUCGGUGGUGUCAGAGACGAGGCAGAGAUUCGUGGACAUCGUCGAACAUACGUCGCAGCAAUGCCUGGUUUGGUUGUCAGCGGCCUCAAGAAGGUCGGAGUCUCUAAUCCUGUCUUUUUGCUGGACGAGAUUGACAAGAUCGGCACAUCAAGUCACCACGGUGAUCCUUCAGCUGCUAUGCUCGAAGUCUUGGAUCCUGAACAGAACAACAGCUUUACCGACCACUACGUCAACAUUCCCAUUGACCUCAGUAAAGUGUUGUUUAUCGCUACAGCAAACUCUCUCGACACGAUACCAGCACCGUUGCUAGACAGAAUGGAGACCAUUCAACUACCAGGAUACACAACUGUUGAGAAGCGACACAUCGCCAACCGCCAUCUCAUUCCGAAGCAAAUCACUACAAACGGCCUUGAUCACGAUCAGGUUGCGAUUGCGGAAGAUGUCCUUGACAAGAUCAUUACUUCUUACACUCGAGAAGCUGGCGUACGCAAUCUCGAGCGCGAGAUUGGUUCUGUCUGUCGCAGCAAGGCAGUCGCUUACGCAGAAGCCUCCGAUUCUAGCUCCGAUUCGUCUUACAGCCCGGUGGUUCGAAUGGACGAUCUAGAAGAGAUUCUGGGCAUCGAACGCUUCGAGGAAGACAUUGCAGCUACCACAUCACGUCCAGGUGUGGUUACUGGUCUUGUGGCUUACAGCUCUGGCAGCCAGGGCAGUAUUUUGUUCAUCGAGGUGGCUGACAUGCCUGGCUCUGGUCGGGUGCAACUCACUGGAAAACUGGGUGAUGUGCUCAAAGAAUCUGUCGAGGUCGCUCUGACAUGGGUGAAAGCCCAUGCUUUCGAACUGGCUUUGACACACGACCCUACCGAGGACAUCAUGAAGAGUCGCAGCAUCCACGUACAUUGUCCGAGUGGUGCCAUACCCAAAGACGGACCUUCUGCCGGUCUAGCACACACAAUUGCAUUGGUCAGUUUGUUCAGCGGUAAGCCUGUCCCACCCACUGUCGCCAUGACUGGCGAGUUCAGUCUUCGCGGCAAGGUUCUUCCUGUGGGUGGUAUCAAGGAGAAGUUGAUUGGUGCUCUUCGCGCUGGCGUCAAGAAGGUUCUAUUGCCAAACGCCAACAAAAAAGACGUCAAGGAUUUGCCUGAAGAAGUUCUUUCGGGCCUUGAGAUCUGCCAUGUCGGUCACAUCUGGGAAGCCAUGCGUCAAGUCUGGCCUGAUGACCAUUGGCCAGGCGAGCGACAGUGGGAUGGCCUUGAGAGUCGCUUGUAG